AGUUCGUUUGUAGCCCCGUUUUCGGCUUUGUUUUUCUUUUUUUUGUCCCUAUCCCUACCACUUUUUUGUUUUGUUAUUUCAUUUUAUUAUAUUUUUUUUGUCGCACGGCGUCUCCCCAGUUGCGUCUUCUUGCGAACGAUGGGGAACACGCUCUACAGCAGCACGGGGUGCAGCUCCACCCAGCUGGACGAUAUCUACGGCAAGUACUUAAAUAACCUUUAUAACAUUUAUAGCUACUUGUUUAAGUACGAGCACUUUGUCUUUAUGAAUUGCUACGCGUUGAAUUCCUUUUGCCACGUUUUGGAGGGCAUCAACAACAACGAGGGGCACGUGCUCAUAAAGGUGUUCAAGAUGAGAUGCGAGACGCAAAAGAUAAAAAGAAUUCUGUACACGCUCAAGUUCCUCUUCUCUUUUGACCUCUUCCCAAAUGUGCUGCCCUACAACCGAAUGAGCGUGUACGAAAACAACAUUUACAUCUACAGAACGUUUGUGUUUAAGAGUCUGGACCACUACCUCUUCAACGAGAGGAACAACAAGCCCUUCAGCCACUUCAUCCUGUUUCAAAUUUUUCUGGCGAUUAUCCAGCUGCACUCGCUGGGCAUCUACCAUGGCCACAUCAAGAGCGAAAACUUUCUCCUGCAGAACAACAUGCACAUCCUCCUAACGGAUAUAAGCAUUUUGAACAAGUACCUGUAUUUCAUUCCCGGCGUUAGGUGCGAAGACCAGCGGAGCGGCCUGCUGCAGCGGCGGCAGAGGCUGCAGGACGACAUCUUCAACCUCGGGAUUUUGGUGCUGGAAAUUCUGCUCAGCGAUAAAAGCGUCUCGUACGCCUUCGUGAAGGAGGAUUACCAGGACAAGGACGUUUGCAACUUCCAUAGGGGGAGGAGCAGACAGGGGAUGAUCCAUUUUGUGGGGAAUAAAAAGGGGGCAGAUAAAUCCCUCGGGAAAGGCAAAUCCAAUGGAAAGGUGAAAAGAAGAAAAAAAAAAGAAGAUAAAGAUAGCCGUUUUACCAGCAGUGGAAGUGUGGAAAGUGGGGACCGCCUCAUAGACCUAUCGGUGAAGAAGACGAGCCAUAACUUCGUGCAUGCACUGUCUCUACCAUUUAUAAAUAAAAGAAUAAAAAAUGAAGAGGAGAAUUAUUUCCAAGAAAACAAACACGUGAAAUUAAAUAUUCACAAAUAUAGGCACUACAAUUACCACUACAUUAACAGCGUGAAUUACAUUAACAUUUAUAAUGACUUCUAUAACAGUGGGACUUUGCAUCCUGUGAGUGAAAGUAACUCUCGAAGGGAAAGUCUCACUUGUGGGGGCAACCUUAAGAGUGAGACUCUCUAUAAGAGCAGGACUGUUCUUUAUGGGGGAAGGGGGGAGGAUGGGUCCAAUUCGCUGGGGGAGGAACCACAUGCGUACAGCGAUUACGAGGUGGUCGGGGGGGAGCCCAAGGGGGGGAGGAGGAAGGGGGCCACUUACGGCAGACUGGAUUUGCGCGCGCCGCGCGACUGGGGCUCCGCCAGCUCCAGCGAGGCGGGGGACCCGCCGGUGGAGCGCCCCCCAGGUGGCGCUGCAGAGGUAGUCACGAAAGAAGUGGGCGCUGCAGAGGUAGUCACGAAAGAAGUGGGCUCUGCCGAGUGCGCCGGAGCGGCCCCCCCGCGCAGGCGCGGCAGACAGGCGGAGCGAAGAGAAAAGGGAGUGCCCUACAAAAUUUGGAAAAUAGCCAACGUGGCCAAGCACCCCUUCAUCGUCUACUCCCUCAUCAAUCACUUCUUCCUACAGAAGAACAAAAACAUUUUUAAAAUAUUUAAAUACUGGUCCUACCACAUCUUCCCGAGCACAUACAAAUACGUGUUUUUCCCGUUGACCAUUUUGCAGCUGCACCCUGUGUUUAAGAACGCCGACAUGUUUAUCCUGCUGCUUCAUUUUAACUUGCCCUUCAUUUUGUUUCACUUGGAUUUAUUUGCGCAAAAGGAGAGGGACAAAUAUGAGAUGCUGAAGAUGGGGGGAAGUCAACAUGGGGAGGAUGCGAAGGGCGCCUGUAGGAUGCAUCAGCGCAGCUGUCACGCGCGCCCCUCGUUAAGGAGUGCACAGGAAGGGAAGGAGGCGCAGGGGAGAACGCGGAAAUCGCGGAAAGCGCGGCAAACGGGGUGGUACGCGGGUCGCCUGGCCCACUUCGUGGACGUGGUUGGGGAGUUCACCACGGGCGUCAACCAUAGGCAGAUGGAGACCUACAUCAGGGGAAGCGACUUGGGGGACCACGUGAAGACGCAGCUGCUGCAGCAGUGGCGCGCGCACAGGCGAGAGGCCAAGGGGGGGAGCGGUCGAACCGGUGGAGCGUACCACUCGACGUGCCACUUCCCCUUUCCCACCCUGUCGUACCAGAACGCCCACGAGUUUUACAGAAACUUCUUGGCCUUCUACAAGACGCUGUUUAAUGCGAUUUUCCACGAGGACCAAAGCUACAUUGAUGUGUUUGGCGGCCUGGAGACCUGCAAGAGGGGCAUUUACGCGCCCCUCUUUCGGGCCGCCCCCAUCAGGCGGAGUAACUCCAAUGGGCGGAGCAGUCCGAGCAGUCGAAGCAGUCGAAGCGGCUGCCGCCCCCCCAAGUGGAGGUUCAACGAAGACGCACUCCAACUAGCGAACAUGAUAAUCGUCUCGUACCACUCCCUCGCGUACGAGGCGACCAAGCUGCUGUGCCUCGAAAUGCUCUACUGCAUAAUUUACCACCUCAACGACAGCGCCCUCAACAGGGAAGUGGCGUCCUUCCUACUUUUCUGCCUGAACAAGUCAGGUGAAAAAUUAAAAGUUAUAAUCAUCAAAUCGUUUUACAGAAUUAUGCACAACGAAAAUGCCUACGAGCACAUGUACCCCUACGUGCAAAAAUUCCUGCCCUCCUUUUUCUCCCUCAAAGAUAGCAAAGAAAAAAUGGAAAAAUAUUUUUUUGUGAAAUAUUUACCGCUUGUCGCCAAUGUGACCAUUCAGUACAUAUAUAAUGUUAGCCUGUUAAAGAGGGGGAGUACAAAGCAGAAACAAAAUUUUAAGGGGGAGCAGGAUGAACAGAAGACGGGCCCUGAUGAGAUUACCAUCUCGGAAGUGAAACACAUGGACAUGUUAAAAACACUUCGCAAUCAGUUGGUGAAUAUUUUAAAAUACGCCACUGACGAAACUUUGCUGUUUGAGUUUUACGAGCAUUUGAUCACCUUUUGCAAAAUUAUGAGCAAAAAAUGGGUCAAAAUUUACAUCCUCCCGUAUUUAUUGGCAAAUAUUUACAGGACGAAAAAUGGCUUUAUCAGAGCUGUGUCCAUUCGGAUCACCCUGCGAAUUAUGUCCUACAUUAACGACAGUGAAACGUACAGAAUGAUUUGUGGCUAUGUGAACCCUAUUCUGUUCGAAGGGAACGAAUUGGCCAUUCUUUUUCUGCUUUCCGAGUGUAACAUCCUCCUGCAGAAAAAUGCGCGCAGGGGGGCGCGCUCCUCUGCGGUUCCUCCGAGUGGCCGCCAAAGCGGAAGGGGUGAACGCGGCGAACGGAGCGAACGGAACAAAAUGCGCCUGCUCUUCGCGCACAAACUUAAACUAAACCACCUCCGCAACCACCCCUCUGUCGCCAUUCGCAAUUUGGUACACGCAGUCCAGGCCAAUCUGCUCCAAAUGCCCACCUAA